UCUUUCUCUUUUUUUUUUACAGCUAAUUUGACACACUACAUGGGCUGAAAUGAUCAAAUCUUGCAUCACGACGGCCGACGCCCAUUGUCGUUUACGAAUCCCCAGGACACCCGUCAAGCAGAUCGUGGCAAAAUCACGCUAAAAAAUGUGGUCUGAACCGGGCAUUAGUUUAACUACAUCAAGAUAAUCUGAUUAACUGAUCCAAAUGUUCAUAAUUAAUUAUAACAAGUUAUGAUUAAUUAUUAUUUCCCUUUUGAGCUAAUUUGCUACAAAAUUUACCUUGAAAAAUGUGCUGGAAAGGGCUUUGAAAAUAAUGAUUAAUAAAAGUUAAAAAAAGAAAAAAACGUACACCAUAUUUUUAUAGCCAGUAAAAACACAGACCAUUUGUAGAAAAUAAAAAAUGAAACCACAUGAAGUGUUUUGUGAAAGUGUUUUGAAUCAGAUGUUUAAAAGAUUUCUCCUUUGUGUGCGUGUGCGCGCGCGCUGCUGUAGAACCUGUGAUCUGAUCUGACGCCACUGACCGGAUCCACGCGCGCUCUUGGAGAGGUUGGGGUCACACAGUCCAUCACAGCGCUGGAGACAAAACGCAUCAUGCUGGCAGAUGUCUUCCGGCAGGAGCUGGACAUUUCGAGCAGAAUAACGCUUCUGAGAUUAAGAUCCUAGAAACAUUUGGACGCAGACCUCUGAACAGAAAAAUGCAUGAUCCAUGAUGAACUGGGAUGUGGUGGUUCAUCUGUUCCUAUAAUAUUGCUCUAAAAUAAUGGCUUGCAGGGCUGGAUGCUGCUGCAACAGCAUCGGUAACAUAAAUGAAGAUAAUGCAAGAUUUCUCAUGUUGGCUUUGCUAAUCAUCAUCUACCUGUUAUGCGGGGCAGCGGUGUUUUCAGCGCUGGAGCAUCCGAAGGAGAAGCUCGCCAAAGAGAGAUGGGCUCAGAGGAUCGAGCAGUUCACCCACAAGUACAACCUGAGUCAAGACGACUUGAAGAACUUCCUGAGGAACUAUGAGGAAGCCAAUGUGGCGGGAAUCCGUGUGGACACGACCAGACCGCGAUGGGAUUUCGCUGGAGCUUUUUAUUUUGUCGGAACUGUGGUUUCAACUAUCGGUUUUGGGAUGACGACACCCGUCACUAUUGCCGGAAAGAUAUUCCUGAUCUUUUAUGGGCUUAUUGGUUGCGCUGCCACCAUUUUGUUCUUUAACCUCUUCCUGGAACGUGUCAUCACCGUGAUCGCAUUCGUUCUGAAGUUCUGCCACGAGCGCAGAGAACGCCGCAAAGCCGGUCCGGCUCAAAACUGCCACCGUCCCUCCACCGGCAACAGAGAGCGGCGUACAGACAGCUUGGCCGGCUGGAAACCUUCGGUGUACUGCGUGAUGCUCAUCUUGGGAGUCGCCGCCAUCUUGGUCUCCUGCUGCGCGUCCGCCAUGUAUUCUGCGGCUGAGGGUUGGGACUAUCUGGACGCCCUUUAUUUCUGUUUCGUGGCUUUCAGCACCAUUGGUUUCGGGGAUAUGGUGAGCAACCAGCGUGAGAUGUACAAGGCUCAGGCGGCCUACAGGGUGGGCAACUUCCUUUUCAUUCUAACAGGGGUGUGUUGCAUCUACUCACUGUUCAACGUCAUUUCCAUCGUGAUCAAGCAAGUUCUCAACUGGCUUCUGCGGAGGCUGGAGACUCCCUGCCGCUGCCCAGCCCGAGGGAACCGCCAUACUCGGAGGAACGUGGUCGUCCCGGGCCACAUGAGGCCCCGGCGUGAAAACUCCAUCGAGACUGACGCAGUCAAUGAUAGCGAGGCGGAUGGACGGCGGAUGUCUGGAGAGAUGAUUUCCAUGAAAGACUUUCUGGCUGCUAAUAAAGUUAAUCUGGCCAUCAUGCAGAAGCAGCUGUCAGAGAUGGCUAACGGACAUCCUCGCCAGUUAGGGAGCAGCUCACGCCACAAUGAGUUCUCCGGAGGGGUCGGAGCGCUGGGAAUCAUGAACAACCGACUGGCAGAGACAAGUGUAGAUAGAUAAAUCCAACAUUUAGAAAUAUGAAGUAACCAGAGGACCUCCACAGCAAAGUGGGACUUUUUUUCGAAAAAGAUGAGCAAAUAAUUUACCAUAAAGGUGCGGUCACAUUACUGAAAUUUUGUGGACAAAAAAGGCUCAAUUGUCUACACUCUUAAAAAUAAAGGUUCUUUAUUGUCAUUGAUGGUUCCAUAAAGAACCUUUAAAGGGGACCUAUAAUGCCUCUUUUACAAGAUGUAAUAUAAGUCUC